GUCCACUCAUUGGAGUAUCAAACGGUAUAAACACCAUCGACAACACACGUUCAUUGUGCCCAAUUGUAAAACGGAAGUUUGCGAGAAGUUCUAAUAUCGAAAAGUGAGGAAAAAGAAACAAUGGAGGACAAAACAAACGCUGGAAAUACCGCGGUGGAGUCCACCGAAAGCAACGUCAGCCCGGCAAAGAAGACCACGCCGAAGUCGAAAUCGGUGAAGUCGCCGAAGUCAAAGUCCUCUCAUCCACCGACAUCGGAGAUGGUGAAUGCCGCUAUUCGGGAACUGAAGGAUCGCAAGGGAUCAUCGCUCCAAGCAAUUAAGAAGUACAUCGCGUCGACGUACAAAGUGGACGGUGAAAAGCUGGCGCCAUUCAUCAAGCGAUACUUGAAGUCAGCCGUCACAUCUGGUGCUGUCGUGCAGACGAAGGGAAAAGGUGCAUCAGGCUCGUUCAAGCUGCCCAUGGCCAAGGGUUCCGAGUCAAAGAACAAGGUUCCGCGUGCGGUGAAAAUGGCCGAGCCGAAAAAGGCCAAGAAAUCGGUCGAGAAGAAGACCACCCCGGUCCGUAAACCGACCACGGCAAAGAAGACACCUAGUCCGAAGAAGACCGAGGCAGUGACGAAGAAACCAGCUGUCAAGAAAUCGCCCGCUGCCAAAGCUGAGAAACCCGUGAAGGCCGAGAAAGUGAAAAUUGCACCCGAAUCAAAAGCCAUCUCGAAAAGCAAGAAGACAGCCAAAGCACCGGCUGCGAAGACCAGGACGCCAAAACCGAAGAGGGCGGCCGCCUCCAAAGCGGUCAAGCCAGCAGCCAAGAAAUAAGUCUCACGAGGGAUUAUAACCAUUGUAUUUGACACAAAAUGGCCCUUUUCAGGGCCACAAAUUUCAUUACGACAAGGAACAAUUUUCUGACAAUCUAGUAACAGUAUUACUUUUAAGAUUUUUCUCUGUUUAACUGUAGGGAAUAUACUGUGAUAUUACGUACUAUAUUAAGUAAAACUUAAUCUAGAUUGUUUUUUGUACGGCCUAGAUGUGUAAGAGUGUUAGGGUUAG